UUUGAGCUAAAGCUGACGUACAGCGGAGGAUUCGCUCGCACUGAAGCUCUGAAUACGGCUGAGGCUUCAUCCUGGAACUGCUUCACCAUGGAAAUGGCCUGGAGAAUACUGCUCUCAUUCUCUCUCUUUCUCUCUGUCCCUCUCUCUGUCCCUCCGUCUCUCACACGUUAACACUUCAGACACGUCAAUACAAGCAUUCACACACUACCUCUACUUUUUGUCUCUAGCAUAUAUACUAACACACUCUUUAUCUCUCUUUUCUUUCGGUUUCUCUUGUUUGAGAGUAGUCAACGAUGAAGAUUAUUGCACUUUGAGGAGCACUAACGAAGCAGGAUCAAUAUAUAACACAAUGUUGUUAACCUCUGAGUAAAGACUGGUGCAAACAUUUGGCCAGUGCAUCUGCAACGUGAGUUUGAGCCGAGGGCAUGCCCAGCAAUUUUGCUGCUAGAUCAUGUGAUCGGAAGGAAUCUUGAUUUUUGCUCAUUCAGAUAAAGUUUGAGCGAAAAGGUGGCUAGUUUUCCAGCACUUUGUUGCCUCUUGGAAGCUUGUUAUGAAGUCACUAGACUUAAAGCCAUCUUCAUUAUGAAGGUAACGAAGAUGUACAUUUUGUGUUGCGAUUAGAAUUGAAACUUAGAAGGGUCUCUAUUGAAGACAAAUUAACUUUUACAUUGUGCAAUUUCUUUGCCAAACUACAUUUGAAGUCUUAAAGUUUGAACUGUCCAUUGAUGUUCAUUUAAUAUCCUCUGGAUUUUAUCUUGUGGUCCGGUUGUUCAAGAAAUGCAAUCUUUGACAUGUGAAAUGCCCGUUAACAUGAACGCUUUGGCAUGCACAAUACUGUGGACUGGUGCUGGUUGCUUGGGUAUUAAACCGCUUUGCAUGGUUCUAAAUACUGACGUGUGUGUGCCAUUCUUAAACUACUGCUGUAUUCAGUAACCAAGUGAUGUGCUCUCUUACUAGCGGUAUUGAACACUGAAGAAAUAAAGUAUAAAGAAACUCAAGGUCUCACUAUCGGCAGUUCAUUCCCUCAGCCAAUCAGUUCUCAGCCUCUGCCCACAAACGUCAGUCUCCUCUUGUCUCAGCCAAUGGUCCAAUGUAAAGUUCUGUCACAUUAAAAGCAUCCAUACUGGCAGUGCAGGUAGAGGGAGACCUUCUCAUACCAUAGUUAUUCACGUGGUGAGUCCAGUUGACUCGCAGCCAUGGAAGUGAACGGCACAGCCAACAUUCUGUCCUCGGCGUAUCUGGCCGUGGAAUUUGUCGAUUCAGUUCUGCCAGAAAAUCCACUGCAGGAACCUUUGAAGCAUGCAUGGAAUCACAUGCUGCAGAACUACAGCAAAUUCCAGAUCGCCACCUGGGGCUCCCUCAUCGUCCAUGAACUCGUUUAUUUCCUGUUCUGUCUGCCUGGCUUUAUUUUUCAGUUCCUCCCUUUCAUGCAAAAGUAUAAGAUCCAACCGGACAAACCAGAGACAUGGGAGAAACAGUGGAAGUGCUUUAAAAUGCUGUUGUUUAAUCACUUCUGUAUCCAGCUACCACUCAUCUGUGGAACAUAUUACUUUACUGAGUUCUUCAACAUCCCUUACGACUGGGACUCCAUACCUCGCUGGCCUUAUCUAUUGGCUCAAUGUUUUGGCUGUGCAGUGAUUGAGGACACAUGGCAUUACUUUCUCCACCGAGCCCUACAUCAUCGCAGAAUCUACAAAUACAUUCAUAAAGUCCAUCACGACUUCACCGCUCCAUUUGGCAUGCAGGCAGAAUAUGCCCACCCUGCUGAGACUCUGAUUUUAGGGGCAGGAUUCUUCAUUGGCAUCAUGGUCUUCUGUAAUCAUGUUAUUUUGCUCUGGGCCUGGGUCACUUUCCGCUUGCUUGAAACCAUUGAUGUUCACAGUGGUUAUGACAUUCCUCUGAACCCGCUACAUUUGAUUCCAUUCUACGCUGGUGCACGUUUCCACGACUUCCACCACAUGAAUUUUGUGGGCAACUAUGGAUCUACAUUCACCUGGUGGGACAGACUAUUCAACACUGAUUCCCAGUUUUACAAACAUUACACUCAAAAAACAGUGAAGAGCGAUUAAUUGACAGAGAUACGCUCACUAACAUGCACUGAUGCUUCAUCAUGAUCUAUCUCUCAUGGACUCCUGUGUUGACUCUGGUUGUUCUUCCCACACGUAAACACAAACAUACACUUACUGUAGGGCUAAGUAUUUAAAUUGGACUGAAUGGAAUCAGAUCAAUCAAUGCCAGCUUCUUCAAUCAAUGUGCCUUUUAAAAGCAAACACCAUAUACACCAUUAGCCCAUUGGUCACAGAGAUCCAGAGGACUGUUGUGAAUUAAAGGAACACUUGCAGCAUGUGGUCUGUGCUCUUAACAAUUACUGUAAACAUUCAUCUCUUUUAAGUAAUUAAGACUUCAUUCCUCAAAAGCACUUUACUUUGACCUUUUUUGUUAACUUUGCUGAUUUUACUGAUAUUAAUGUUCAAUAUGCAAUGUUCCUGUAAAGAUUUUAAAGCAAUCAUUUGUAACCACCCAAAGCACCCAUGCUACCCCAUGGGAUUUGUUGUUGUUGUUUGUUUGUUUGUUUGUUUGUUUUGAUAAAGAAAAAAGAUGUGUUUUCUGGUUCCUAGUGGAGAACACUCAUUGAAAAUGUUAGCUUGUUGUUUUUAAGGAAAGUUGAUGGAUUAAAGAAUUACCAAAAACAUG